AUGAACAGUAUCCAAAACAUGCUUUCAAACUCAAGCUUUACCUCAAGAAUUCUGGCACUUUUUGCUCUAGGUGUAUCAAUUGUAAAGGGAUGCUCCUAUGGCCAGUACAAUUACUACUAUCAAUAUAACAAUUACGAUGUUUGCGAUGGUUCUUACUGCUCAGAUGAUCUCUAUUGUGAGAGCUACUAUUGCUCAGGCGGUACUUGCACCUCCUAACUCCCUCCCUGGGCUAUCUUCCUCAUCGUUUUCUUCUCAGUCUUCCUGUUUAUUACGAUUCUUAGAAUCAUAGUUAUUUGCUGCAGAAAGAGAACAUAGGUUGUAGUUGUUAGAAACUAAAGCCACAGCAGUCACCAUAGUCAUCACCACCAUCAUGAUGUAUAACCAGAAGCUCAAAGAUUAGUAGUAACACAAACCACUCAGCAAAUCGGAGUUGUAGCCCCAAUUUAGAAUGCUUAAUACACAGUAGUGCCAGGUUAUGGCUAACCAGUUGGUUACCAGUAUGGAGCCCCACAAUAUGGAAAUCAAUAACCACCAGCUUAUGGUUAUUAAGCACCAGGAUAUCCAGGAUAUGUUGCUCCUCAACCAAAUCUGUAUCAACAACCUCAACCUUAGGCUUAGCAACAACCAAACUAUAUGUAAUAAUGA